AACAUGCCGGGGAUGUCAUGAUCUCGUCUGAUGAAGAAGAAUAUGUUAACAUCUCUACUUCCCAGAUGGUAUCGGAGACGGAGUCGGCCGUUGCAGAGGAGGAGGAGGAGCGCGGAUCUUCUCAGGCAUCCGAUCAAGAUGAAGGUGAAGAUCACGAUCACGACGAAGAUGAUGUUGGCUCCUGCCUGUCCGCUCGCAGUUCAACAUCCCAGAUCUCCGCUGGCGGUGGUACUACACAGGACGACGAUGCGAUUGACGACAGCGAACAAGAAGUAGCGGGCUCUCGUCGUGGCUCUUCUUAUUUAGCAGAUGAAGGAGAUGAGGACGAGGACGACCUCCAAGAAGCUGAUUAUGAUGUAGAACAAGGUCAGCGAGGACAUCAGGGUUUUGUCGCCCCGGAUGACGAUGACGAUGAACCAAAUUCCUACAGUGGCCCCCAGUCUGAGGAGGAUGGUUCUCUUCCUUCCGAGAUCUUGGCCGCUCUGAACAACGUGCCCCACCUGCAGCAGCUGAACAACCCUAGGCAGCUGAUGAACAACCCGGGGUCGUUGUCCCGUCGAGCGAGCAUCGCAGAAGAGGAAGAAAUAAGUGAGCCAGAAGAUGACGAGGAGCCCUGGUAUUACCACUGUGAUUACAAUCACCACUUGACACGGCCACAGCUUUUGCGAGUUUGCAGGUGGCCAGCGAACUACAGUCCCAAUUCGCGAGAGAACAACCCCAAGUUGGGCAUUGCGUGGAGAAUCAUGCGCGGAGGAGAUUGCAACAAUGGUAGUUACCUGAUGCAGAUUAUGUACAAGCGGUGGAUCCCUUUUCCGCACGAACCAGAGUGGCUCGACAAACAGUUCUUGAAGUACCUACAGACCGAGAAAUAUGGAAGCGUCAGGUUUGAAAUCGUGAAAGUUGAAAUAGUUUGUCAUGCAUGAAGCGGAUACCAGUUAGGCCUACAGUUUGUAGUCGGUGCAUGGCAAAUUUUCCCGGUCCUGGAAGCGAGUCCGUCAUGCGGUUUAGGGCAAAAGAGCUGCCUUCUGUCAUGCUAGUCAGCAGCCCAACUUUUGACCCUUACCAGGACUAUAAUCUGCCUCGCAUGCGUCCUCUGCAAUAGAGUCACUUUUUGUAUCGCAUUUUAUGCAUGACAAAUCAUUUCAACUUUGACGAUUUCAAUCCUGACACCACCAUAAGAAAAAUCCCCGAACGGGCGACCUGGACACGUACUACACGGACGAACACGAAAUGAUUGGGUACCACCAGUGCGUAUGAACUGCAAAAGUAUCGGACUCGUAGACGUAGUAAUUGCUCUUAUGCAUGACAAAUCUCUUUCCGAAGGCGAAGGUAAAACAGCACUACAAAUUUCAUUUGUAAUGCUGAGCGAAUUUGUAAUGCAAUUUAUCCUAGACCUAGUACGAUGCUUUUGCAUUUCAUAGUGCGAGGUGUGGGAGGACCAGAAAUCCUUGCAGAAAAAUGGUCGCCGGUUCCCGGACAAGAAGCGGUACCUGAAAGACGCGAAGUACCGCAAAAAAGUCCUGGCCCUGCUUAUCAAAAGGAAAAAUCCCCCCUCCCCACAUCAAAACGAAAUUUCUGAUGCUGGAUUUGACUACACAAAUCAGGUUUGUAUUGCAGGAAAGCAUUGCAGUCAUAUCCCCAGGCUAGGGGAAGGGCGUAUGCGUCUAGUUGUUCAGCAUGGCAAGCGGCUCCCCUUUAGGCCCAACAGCAUGACAAAUCGCUUCCAUAGUGGGGCGGAAGCUUCUGCCCUUGUCUUCUUGCAAUACAAAUGUGAUUUGCGACCUCAAAUCAGCAACAGGGGCUACGUGCGACCCCUCCGACGCUGCGUGUGGAAGGAGGAAGUUCGGCGUGUUGGGGGUGAGGGACCCCCGACGUUGGCCUACGGAUAUCAUGGGGAACUAAGGCUCAAAUCAGCAACACCGAGUGGUCGUGCGGUUCGGUUCUCCUAUGCCCAUGCCUACCGUGUACUUGCCGCUGGGUACUGGUAGUGCGUCUCUUUCGUCAGACUGUUUCGCUUCGGCGAAACGACAUGACGAUUGUUUGGGGAGGUUCCUUACGGUCCCCUCAGGGCAUUGCCUCGUCGCUGACCUGUGGAGUAAGGCGGUUCAGGUCAGCUUCGGGAAGGGUAUCCGGAGUUGAGUUAGCUUCGGCUUUCUCUUGUGUAUUCGAGGGCAGUGGUUGGCGGAGGUUGUUGGGAUGUUCCUAAUCAGUCAUCCCAGAACAUUUGUGUUCCUUUCUGACUUCCUCAUUUCCUGUGCAGUAUUUUACUGCAUAUACAGGCGCCACCCUCGUUUAUCACCUCCAGGGCUACGUGCGACCCCUCCGACGCUGCGUGUGGAAGGAGGAAGUUCGGCGUGUUGGGGGUGAGGGACCCCCGACGUUGGCCUACGGAUAUUAUGGGGAACUAAGGCUCAAAUCAGCAACACAAAUUUUCGGAAACAUACCUUUUCGAUAUGGGGAGGGGGGAUUUUUGCUUUUGAUACUGCUGCUCCGGGUCUGGCCGCGCAUCCGGGACACGAAGCCCUGCCAGCUCGUGCACCCGGCCGCUGCCAACGAGGAGGACGGGUUGAGCCAGCUCCGCGAACAAAUGCGGGAGUUUCUGCUCGCGCUCGUACCGAACGGCCUGUGGGACCGACCUUUGUUAAGAACCCUGCAGCUGCCCCCCCGCCGGGGAGAGGACUGGCACGCCCCUCCCGACCGGCCCGACCGCCCUUAUCAAAUGUAAAAAUGUCUGGGUCUGGAAAAGUGGAGCUUGUAAUGCGUGUCAUGCAUUCCUGGAAAAUCUGCGUUGCAUGAGCAGCAAAAGAGAGGCUUUCUUUGUCAUGCAAAAACGCAAUUUGUAAUGCGUGCUAGGCAUCAUCAGGCAUCUCAAAAACUUGUCGUGCUUGGCUGCCAUUGGAAGCGCUUCAAUCAUGCGCAAUUCAGCAUCACAAGUUUCCAGACCCAGACAUUUUUACAUUUGAUAGCCCUUUCUGGAAGGACAUUCCGGUUUACCUGGCGUAUAUCAAAUGUAAAAAUGUCUGGGUCUGGAAGAUAUCAAACUUGUCAUGCUGUUUCUGGAUUCUAAAAAAAUUUGUAUUGCAUGACCAGCAAAAGGACUCCAGUUUGUGCUACGUGAAGAGGGUAUUUCUCAUGCGGUAGAGGCAUCACAAAGUCCUCUGAUAAUCUGUGAUACUAGGCAUGCAUCACAGACAUCAUGGGUCAUUCAAAAUAUGCAUGACAAACCUGGCGAUCUUCCAGACCCAGACAUUUUUACAUUUGAUAGCGUACGACACGGCCCAAUUCCGCAAGUGUGUGGUGAUGAUGAUGGUGCCGGGGGUGGACGACGUGCUAGAGAUCGGUUGCUCAGCGGGCGUGCUGACCGAAGCUCUGGCGCAAAAGCAGCCACACUCCCUGACGGCGGUCGACGUGUCCCCGGAAAUGCUGGCGAUGUGCAGACAGCGGCUGUUCCAGCAGUCGCCGACCAGCAACUUCUCUCCGAUCUUGCAGGAUGAAGAGGCCGACGCCGAUGAGAACAAUGCGGGGUCUUCGUCCGUUCUUGCAGAAGAUCAUGAGGCAAACGGAAAUAACCGAGAUGAUCAACCCUUUCGGCGGCCUACGGUGCAGAGGUUCGACGCGUUGCUCGGCGACUUCACCGAACUGCAGUGCCGGCCUUCCUUGGUGAGCAUCGACAUCGGCGGAGAUCGGAACAGCGCGGCUGUACUGGAAUGUGUGGACCGCGUGCUCAGGUUCUACCACCGGGACGUGGAAGCCAUCAUUGUGA